AUGACGGACCUUGGAAAGUUAACAUAUUAUCUAGGGAUUGAAGUUUCUCAAACCGAAGGUGGUAUAAAAAUUAAACAAGAAAGCUAUGCCUUGAAGAUUCUGAAGGAAGUCGGUAUGCAGUCAUGUAAGCCGACUUUAUGUCCAAUGGAACCUGGGCUGAAGUUGUCAAAGAAUGAAGACGAACCGGAAGUAAAUGCUACAAAAUUUCGAAAGAUAGUUGGAUACCUUCGAUACCUCUUACACACCCAACCCGAUUUGGCAUAUUCGGUUGGGGUGGUAAGCCGUUAUAUGCAGAACCCAAAAGAAACUCAUGCACAUGCAAUCAAACACAUAUUACGGUACUUAUGUGGCACUACUUCUCUUGGGAUAAAGUACAAGAGAUGUGAAAACUUGAAGUUGGUGGGUUAUAGUGACAGCAACCAUAACGUUGAUAAAGAUGAUGGCAAAAGCACUACCGGUCAUAUAUUUUAUCUUGGUUCUUCGCCUGUAACAUGGUGUUCUCAAAAGCAAGUUACUGUGGCACUUUCUUCAUGCGAAGCAGAAUUUAUAAUGGCUACUGCAACUGCGUGUUAA